AUGGAGCAUCGACAGUCAGUCGGGCAGUCUUCCGAUCGUGCCUUUGUGGACCAUGGAGACGUUAGCAACGAACUUGGUAAUAUCAGCAACAAUUCCCCAGAAUACAACCAUUCACUUCUCCCCUCGAAACUUCCUAUCGGGGAUCCUCUUUACAGCAGCCUUCAACAAAUUUCACUGCGGACUAUCUACCCAGAUUUCGCUGGUGCCAGCUACAUCCAGGACUACGACCAGAAAUCUUGCUGGGAGGCUAGCUGCAAUGGCGACGGUCCUUUUCCAGGCCGUACAGGCACACUCGCAAAGCACUUCCAGAAAGCAGCCCACAACCGAUGCAGAGGAGCCCGACAUCGAAAAUUUGGCCGGUACCGGCCACGUGUGGCCCGAAUUUACCCGUUCCUUCACACCGGAAAGCCCGGGACACAGGAUGGGGUUCUGCGGUCUCCGACACCGAGGGUCGUCAAGUUGCCACCAAAGUCUGCGACCUGGCCAACCGACGAUAUAUCGAUCGAGCGUAAAGACCAGAAAACCCGGCCUAGUGACAAUAACUUGUUAGGUAUACCUGCUAUAAAUAUUAUAACUACUACUUUUAGACUUAAUUCUAGCGAUUUAACGAUAUCAAAGCUAUUUCCAUAA